GCUCAAGUCCAGCCAGACUGGGGUGUCUGGGAUCAUUCAGCUUGUCAGAGGAUCAUUGCAGUUUUUGGUGCUUGCCUUGUUUUCUCUAUGGCUUCUGCUGAAACAGACCAGACCGAAGCUCUCUUCUCUCUGAAGUCCUAUCAUGUCUCAGAAGAACUCGGCUUCAUCCUUCCAGAUCCUUUGGAAGAGCUUCCACCUUAUUACCAGCCAUGGAUGGAUAUCGCCCUGAGAAUCCCAGAGCUUGCACAGUCCCACGAGUUGCGCUCCCGUAUUAACAAGAUGCCACUGCUGAGCAGCAACUUUCUGCAGAAACACAAAGAGUUACGACUGGCCCACCUGGCUCUCAGCAUGAUGACCAUGGGCUACGUCUGGGAGGAGGGAGAGAAAGAUACAGUUGAGAUACUGCCAUGCAGUCUGGCUGUUCCAUACUGGGAGGUGUCACAACGCUUAGGGCUUCCCCCAAUUAUCACACAUGCAGAUGCAGUAUUGGCUAACUGGAAGAGGAAAGAUCCUGACGGGCCUUUCAACAUGGAGAACCUGAAGUUGUUGGUCAGCCUCCCGGGUGGAGAAAGUGCCCGAGGUUUCUUCUUGGUCACUCUGCUGGUGGAGCUAGCUGGAGUUCCUGCGGUGAAGAAUAUUCCCACGGUGAUCAAUGGUGUGAGGUGUGGCGACACAGAGGCUGUGGCCAGAGGCUUGGAGAUCAUCAGCCGGUCUAUUGAGGACAUGACUGACGCACUCAAACUGAUGCAAGUGCAUGUGGACCCUUCAGUCUUCUAUGGCAUUAUGAGGAUCUACCUUUCUGGAUGGAAAGACAACCCGUGUAUGCCAAAGGGGCUGGUUUAUGAAGGGGUCCAGACAGCGCCGAUGAGGUAUUCAGGAGGGAGUGCUGCACAAAGCAGUCUGCUGCACUGUUUUGACGAGCUUCUGGGAGUCAAACAUGAACCAAAAAGUGCUUCCUUUCUAAUCUACAUGAGGGACUACAUGCCACCCCUUCACAAGAAACUGAUCAACGACAUCUCUUUGCAGCCGUCCCUGAGGAGUUUUGUCCAGCAGCAAGAUCGCAAGGACCUCAACAAUGUCUUCGAUCUCUGUGUUAAAAAGCUGCUGGCUUUGCGCAGCUACCACAUCAAUGUCGUCAGCCGCUUUAUCGCAGUACCUGCUGCCCGUGCUCGACAACUGCGUGACCAAAACCACAACUCAGAUGGCGAGAUGAUCAGCAGAGCACCCACAGCACUUGAGGAGAGGGGCACCGGUGGCUCAAGCAUAAUGUCUUUCCUAAAAACUGUGAGGGAUCAAACAAAAGAUACAUUGCUGCCCGAGGCGAGCAGAGAAAUAAAACAUCACAGCUGAACUGUCAUCACAGAGGAACCGCAGAGUCAUGCAAAUCAAAUAAAACCACCAGAAAAAUCAACUCUGAUGACUUUCCGCACUAUUUCACUUGUCUUUAAAAGGAUAGCUUUUGGCAGAAUGAAAGCGAGGGGCCUCUUUUGAUUGUCUUCCAUGUAGCUUUGGCGGGUCUGUAAACAAACCUCAGCCUAAUAGACACGAGUGAUACCCGUCAAUCGAUCCAAACCAUGAUUUAAACCACUACUGUUGCUUUCCAUUACACGCAACCACUAAUCGCUUCUUUAAUCUGAACUGGAAUGUGAAAAAAAGAGCAUCAUUUCAAGAUCCAAAUAUUUUGAUGACAUUUAAACAUUAAACAGUUGAAAUCAGUACUAACACUCCUGUAAUUUUGGUAAAUGAGACUGAGAAACCAAGAUCAAGUGUAUUUUUCAAAUCACAAAGAUUUCUUGGUUUCUCCAGCCUGAAGAUUAUCUUAAAUCAUCCACUGCUGGUAUGGAAGUAAAAACAACUGACUUUCAGCUUUUAAGUAAAAUAAUCAGGGAAAAUAAAGUACUGCAGUACCGUGUGAAACCAUGGUAGGGCACUAAAGGGCAGCAUUACGAUGAGCUACCAGAGUGGGCAGCCUAUGAGAGAAGCAAGCCUGAUUUGGCCUUGACAAGCAAAACUGACCCCAUGAUGAUAAUGUGUUAUUCAUUAAUUGCAGUCUUGUGAUGAUGUAUUGAAAUUCACAUCCACUCAUUAAAGUACCAGGAUGGAAUCUGACUCUUCCAUCUCAGAAAAUAA